AUGGAGAUAAGCAGUGGAAACCAGUGUGAUAAUGGCAUCAAGAAAAUGACAACAGUUGACAUUAGUUCAAAAUGCAUUCCAUGUCCUCCAGGAACAUAUUCUGGGGUUGGUGAUGAAUGUUAUGCAUGUACUGAUGGAAAGUUCCAGAAUAGCUUUGGUCAAGAUGAAUGUUUGGACUGCCCUUCUGGCAAUCCUGUUCCAUCAGAGGACAAAACUACAUGUUUAGCUGUAUGUCCAGCUGGAUUUAUUUCUGUUGAUGGUUUACCUACCUGCAUGCCUUGUCCUGAAGAUCAUUACUGGGUAAACAAAACUUACUGUGAAUCUUGUCCAAACAAUGGAAUCACCUUGGGGAAAAAUGCCAUCCAAGACAUUAAUGGUUGUGAAGAACCAUGUGAUGAAGGAGAAUAUUCUGUGACAGGAUAUGCACCUUGUAAAAAAUGCCCAAUGAACUUUUACCAAGACCAGACUGCACAGGAUAAGUGUACGCCAUGUGGAAGUAAUUCUAUCACAGAAAGAACUGGCUCCAAUCAUAGCUCACUCUGUAUUCAAUUAGGUGUUGCUCAAUGUUCUGGGGACAGUUGUAGUCAGGAAGAAAGGGCUAUAACAUGUGAAAACAGAUGUGGUGAUGCUUAUAACAACACAUUGCCAUGCCAGUGUAACAGUGGUUGUGUAGCUGCUGAUAACUGCUGUGAUGAUUACCAGUGGAAAUGUGUAGACAUAUGUACUGGUAAUGCAGAUGACUGUAGUGGUCAAGGAGUAUGCAGUUACAAGAAUCAUAAAAGAUUUUGUACAUGUAAUCCAGGAUAUAAGGGAGAUAACUGUGAAACUGAACUGAAUCCCUGUGAUUCAAAUCCCUGCUGGAAUAAUGGCCUUUGCAUGAAGAUCAGUUCUACCAAUUUCAAUUGUACCUGCCCUGUAGACAAUUCUUGUGUAAUGCGAAAUGAGUCCAACAAAGCUGGUAAUGAUGCUCAAUGGGGUGAAGACCCAAGGCAACUAUCCUUUGAAGACUGUGAGCAGUAUUGUAUUGACAACCAGAACUGUCAAAGUAUUCAUCAUGAAGUCCAGAGUCAAGGAAAACAAUUUUGUUUUAUAUAUUAUCAGACAGUACAGCUGAUCGUAAAAGAUGGAGCAGUUUAUUCAAAGAAAGAAUGUUCUGAUAAUAAGUUGUUUGGUUGUGAUCGUUGUCAAGAUGACUUAGUGAAUUCCUGUAAACCUGACUCCUGUUCUGAGUAUGGAAUGUGUCAGGACUUGUUGGGAGAAGAUUCUAAAUGUUUAUGUCCAAUAACAGGAAGUUACACAGGACCUAAGUGUGAAAGGGUUUCUGAUCUAUGUAAUCCAGACCCAUGUGGAAGUAAUGGUAAAUGUCAUGACUUCAAUGUUAGAUAUCAGUGCAUCUGUGAGGCUGGGUGGACAGGAACAAAUUGUGAGACAAAUAUCAAUGAGUGUGAAGAAAAUCCUAAUGGUUGUCUGUACAAUGGAACAUGUAUGGAUCAAGUAAAUAAGUAUACUUGUUCAUGUAUCAAAGGAUUUUCUGGUGACAGAUGUAAAGACAUAUCUGACUUUUGUUCCCCCAAUCCCUGUCAAGAAGGAAUAUGUUACGAAAACUAUGAUACAUUUGAUUUCAUGUGUAAAUGUGAAGAUCCUUAUAGAAAUGAUGCUGGUGGUUCCUGUGAAACGAUUCCAGCUUGUGACAAUGUGAAUUGUACCAAUGGCACAUGUAGUGCUGGGAAAUGUAUUUGUGAGACGGGAUUUGAAGGAUCUCUUUGUCAACAUAACAUUAAUGAUUGUAUGAACAUGCCUUGUCAGCACCGUGGAACCUGUACAGAUAUGAUUAAUAGCUAUGUUUGUCAUUGUGCAACUGGAUAUGAUGGGGAUAAUUGUGAGAACAAUAUAGAUGACUGUGUUGGAAUGUGUACAGGUUCUAAUGUAGAUACUACCGGUAAUACAAAUGGUUGUAGAGAUAUGUUGGAUGAUUAUAGAUGUAAUUGUAAAGCAGGUUACAGGGGUCAAAAUUGCACUGAAGACAUAAAUGAGUGUCUACAGUACCCAUGUGAACAUGGAGGUACAUGUACAGAAAAGAUAGCUGACUUUGACUGUAGUUGUAGAGAGGGCUGGACUGGAAAGAGAUGUGAAACUCCUAUAGAGUACUGUUCCCCAUCACCAUGUCUCAAUGAAGGAGUUUGUUUUAAUCUUACUGACGAUUUCUUUUGCAGAUGUCCAGGUGGUACAACAGGAGUAACAUGUGGGAAUUCCCCAGAAGUCUGUAGUAUUAUUAAUCCAUGUACAAUGAAGGGGACCUGUGAGAACAAGGGAGGAUCUGCGCAGUGUAACUGUAAUGAUGAUUAUGCUGGAGAAAGCUGCCAGUUAAUCAAAGAUCAUUGUGCUAAUCCAGACAUGUGUAAUAACGAGGGUCAAUGUGUAACCAACCUUAUUGGAUUUAAAUGUGAAUGUGAUGACAGUUAUUCUGGUAGUACUUGUUCAAUGUAUACAGAUCCAUGUUCCAGUAACCCUUGCCAUUCUACAGCUAAAUGUAUAUCUAAUGAAGACAAGUAUAUGUGUUAUUGUGAACAAGGAAAUACACUUACGGACAGUGGAUGCAAAGAUAUUAACACGGUUGAAGAGAACUUUGACAUCUUCAUGGACAGAUAUAUUGAUGGGAUGCCAGCCUAUUUGAGAAAUCCAAUUGUGUCUCAUACAAAUGAUAGUAUGACGAUCAUGUUUUGGAUUAGAGUUUUAGCAAAACCUGGAGAAAAUCCUGUUUUGUUAUCAUUAGAAGGAAUACAAAUUGGAUCUGAACCUACUUUCAACCCUGAAAAGCAGCAGUUUAUAGCUACUAGUCAGUAUCUUAUACUUCGUAACUCUACAGAUAUGGAAAUGGUUCAAUAUGACACAGAUGUUGCUGAUGGAAAGUGGCAUUUUAUGGUAUUCUCAUGGGAACCUUCUGGAAAGGUUAAAAUAUUCAUAGACUCAAUUAUGAAGAAGGAUGAGAAUGUGAUCACUUUUGAUAUGAACGAGGAUAUGAUUCUACAAAUGAUAAUUGGAUCUGCAGAUACGCAUGGUAGAAUAUCAAAACUUAGGAUUUACAAGACAGUUUUCACUGAUAUAGAUAUAUUCAAGGCUAAAGAUAGUGAUUUACCACCAGACAAAUUAAAACAAGGAUGGACCAACAUAGUAUUAUCAAGGUCCACUUCUAGAAUAUACCCCAGUGGUGCUGGAAAAGACGAAAUCUGUGAUCUUGGUUUCCCAGAUUGCCUAGAUGAAGAUAGAACCAAGCCAAAUAUUAGCUGUAGUGGCGAUCAAACAAAAUUUGGUACUGAACGUCUAACAGCAUUUGCAGGCCUGAAAAAUAAAUACAUGAAGAAUGAAGAUGUAAAAUAUGUGAAUACAUCAGUUCAUGAAGAUGAAUUGUAUAUAUAUGGUAGCAGCAAUGAAGUAUUUGUGGCCUAUGAUGAAGCCAUGAAUUAUGAUAUUUGUAGAUUUAAAGUAUAUGUUAAAUAUGCUGAUGAAUGUCAGAUGCCAGAAACUGAUGCAGCUGUAGAGUAUUGUCCCAACAGUACACAUAUAUGUGGAUUACAUUGUCAAUCUGGAAAAGCCUUAUCUCUAAAACACAAGCUAAAAUACAGAUGUGGAGCGUUGGGUGUCUAUAAUUUUGAACAUCCAAGGAAGAAAUUUAUAUUGCCUACAUGUGGAGGUCAAAGAAUUCAGAAAAUUGCUUUAACAAUUGACAUAGCUUACAAAAUUGUGCUCACCUGUACUGAUGCAUUAAAAAAUAAUAUCAAGAACAAUUUGAAUAACAAGUUAAAGCAAGAUCUUGCUAACAAAUGGCCUGGAUUAGAUUGGUGCAACAAUGAGUGUGUAUGGGAUGCUGUAUGUAGAGACAGCAGCGCCUUACAUAUAGAUGUUACUAUUACCCUGCCGGGGCUUAAUCAAUCAAUAUCAAGAGGUGGCCUAACAUACACAGUAAAAGAUGCUAUACUGAUUUUCAUACUGCAGGAAGAUGGACUCAAUUUUAAUAGUGUUGGAGGUGCAGAGCUUGAAGGGGAUUCAAUUACUGUAGAUGUAAAUCCUUCCUGUCCUUCUGGCUACACUGUUGUUGGUGAUACUUGUGUUGAGUGUGGAAAAGGAACAUAUAGAAAUGACACAACAAUGUCGUGUGAGUUCUGUCCAAUUGGAUCAUACCAACCUAAUGUAGGACAAAAAGUUUGUGCAUCAUGUCAACCUACUAAGACUACACUCACCUAUGGAUCAGAUUCAUCUGCUGAUUGUAUAGAUGACUGUGAACCUGGACAUUAUUAUGAUGCUGAUAAGUCUGUUUGUGCACAAUGUGAACGACAUUACUAUCAGGACAUGAGUGGACAGGAAUUUUGCUAUUCAUGUCCUCUGGGGAUGAAAACUAGUCAGAAAGGAUCCAAUUCUUCUGAAAGCUGCUAUAAGGAUUGUGAUGCUGGAACUGAACUUCAAUCAGAUGGAUCCUGUAAAGUAUGUGAAAGGGGUUUCUACAGGACACAGGAAGAUGAUAUGUGUAAAAGUUGUGUGGAAGGAAUGACAACAGUAGGAGAGAAAUCAGCAUCGCUCUCUGACUGCAAAAUAAAAAUAUGUUAUGCUGGAAACUUUCGUAAUGCAACCGCAAAUGAAUGUGAGGAGUGCCCUGUUGGAUGGUAUCAGUCAGAAAAAUUACAGGAUGAAUGUGAGGAGUGCCCAACCUCAUACACGACAGAUGCUGUAGGAAAAACCCACAUAGAUAACUGUACUUUUUAUUGUGACCCUGGAACGGAAGUUGUGUCUGCUGAAUUAAAAACAUGCAGAAAGUGUCCGAGAGGAUCUUAUCGUGACAAUAAUGAUGUUGAGAUAUUACUUUCCUGCAGGAACUGUACAGGUGGUAACACAACAGAACUUGAUGGAAGAAUAACAAUAGACCAGUGCUCAAUAAGUAAAUGUGAAGCAGGUCAGGUAUUAGAUAACACAGGAGCUUGUGAAGACUGUGGUAUGGAUACCUAUCAACCAGACGAGUUACCAAAAUCAGAUACUACAUGUCGACCCUGUAGUCCACAGAAGGGUACUAUGUAUGUGAAAUCUACUAGUGUGGACAAAUGUAUCCUUGUAUGUAAAGAAGGACAACAGAAUGAUGGAACUUCCUGUUCAGCUUGUCCUCAGGGAACAUGGAGCAAUGGAAACAUGACUAUGAAAUUUGGAAUGUGCUAUAACUGUUCAGAAGAUUGGACCACAGAAGAAAUGGGUUCUACACACCCUGACAAUUGUACACUUAGAGAUUGUGACCCAGGACACUACAUAAGUGGAGAUAACUGUGAACCUUGUGGGUUUGCCCAAUACCAACCUAAUAGACAUGCUGAUAAGUGUCUGAACUGUUCUGUUAAUCAGAAUACUAGCACGACAGCAUCUACAUCUCAGUCUGCUUGUCAAAUUUACUGUCCUAAAGGUCAAGAAGGAAAUGUUAGUUGUGCUAACUGUCAGACUAACUAUAUCAAACAAACUGAAGGGAUAGCAGCCUGUAUGGCAUGUGAAGGCAACUAUACUUCCAAUGAUGCACAUGAUGCAUGUAGUGAAAUGUUUUGCGAUAAAGGUCUAUAUCAGGACAUGGGAAUCUGUGUUCCUUGUGAAGUUGGUAAAUAUAAAGCUGAACGUGGAAAUGGUAAUACUUGUAAGUCUUGUAACCCUGGUAAUACAACUGCAGGAUCUGGAUCAGAUAGUGAAGCAGAUUGUAAUGUUUUGCAUUGUGAGCCAGGAAAGUUUGAAAACACCACAUCUAAUCGGUGUGAAGUUUGUCCAGUAAAGACCUACAAAUCAGAUGUUGGUAAUACAGAUUGUAUUGAUUGUAUUGCUAACAAAACAACAACUGGUUUCGGAACAACCAGUGCUGAUGGAUGUUCUUUAGAAUACUGCAGUCCUGGAUAUAAAAGAACUACCUCUAAUAGCUGUGAGAAAUGUGCUGUUGGGGAAUACCAGCCAGGGCAUGGAAUGACCACAUGUUUUUCAUGUGACAAUGGGUACACUACAGCUUCAGCUGGAACAGUUGAUGAGACAGAUUGUUACCAGAUUUGUCCUAUUGGGUUCCAGUUUAAUUCAGACCAGAAAGUGUGUGUUGGAUGUCUUCUUGGAUAUUAUAAGGAUAAAGUUGGUAAUGCUAAAGAUUGUACAAAGUGUCCAGUAAAUAAAACAACAGAGUUGGCAAAUUCCACAGCAAUACUUGAUUGCAGUAUUGAUGAUUGUCCAGCAGGUUACAGAAGGCAGUCUCCAGGCUGUGUUGUGUGUGAGAAGGGAACAUACCAAAGUGAGUCGUCACAAAUGACUUGUGUCAGCUGUGGAAGUUCUAAAACAACAGAGAAACCUGGAUCUACAAAACAGGAAGAGUGCAUAGAUGAUUGUGCUGAUGGAAAGGAGUAUGAUUUUGGUACUAAAGCCUGUACAAAUUGUCUGAAAGGUUUCUACACAAACCAGGCUAUAACAGAAAAAUGUAUAAAGUGUCCAAAUGGUCAGACAACUGCCUAUGGUGGUUCUAAUGAUUGUUAUCAAAAUACAGUUACUACCUCUGCUCCACCAUUGCCUUCUACUAUUGAGAUGGUAUUUGUAUUCCAAGCAAAAUUUGAAUGUGGUGAUGCAGCUACACUAAAAAACUACAUGGAACUUGUCAGGACAACAAUUAUAAAACGACUUGAAACACUUGCAACGACUUAUCCACUGCUGUGUACUUCUGGCUGUACAAAUGUCAAACUCUUGGUCAUCAGUAUAACAGAAUGUGUUAUAAAUCCCAAUCCAUCUGGAAGAAGAAAAAGAGAGGCAGUAGAAAAUCUGUUAUCUUUUAAUGUUCAGGUACCAGAUGUCCCUGCAACAGUGGCAAGUACUGGAACAAAUCCUUUAACAAGACCUGCUGAAAGUGUUCUUAAAGAAGAUCUGACCAUCAACAAGGAUCAGUAUGCCCCUAUGAAUGAUAAUGGUAUACCAAUCUUAAGGCCAUUGACUGCAACAGUGAAUCGUACAAUUAAGAUUUGUCCAACAGGUCAAACGCAGAUUGAUUCCAAUUGUGUGCCUUGUCCAAAAGGAACUAGAGCAACAUCUUCACAGUGUAUUGACUGUGAAGUGAACACAUACCAAGAUGAAACAGGUCAAACAACAUGUAAAGCUUGUUCUGGUACUGUAAUGAAGUAUACCCUGGCUACAGGAUCAAACAGUCCAAGUCAAUGUAUUUCGAUAUGUGUCAAGACUCCUGGGUAUUGUAAUUUUGGUACUUGUCAUGCAGAUCAACAUUCUCAGUACUGUUCAUGCACAAAUGGCUAUGAAGGGUCCAGAUGUAACACCAAAGCUGAGAAGACCUCAUCCAAUACAGCAAUAAUAGGAGGAGCAGUAGGAGGGGGAGUUGGUCUUCUUGUUAUCGUACUGAUUGUUGUCAUUGUCUGCAGUAGAUUUUAUGGUGUAAAAAGUGGAUCUGAUGAUCUUGAAAAGAAAAAGUUCAAUCGUACAUAUGAUAUGGAAAGUGAUGCUCCAUAUAGAAAUCCAAUGUAUGAUAAUAGGGCUUAUCCACGACAAAUGCUUGCAGCCUAUCCCUAUAACUGGGGAUCAGAUCCACAUGAACAUGAUCCCUAUGCACCUUAUAUGGCACAGAAACAAAUCAGAGCCUUUGAAAGUGACGAGGAUUACUAUCAAGCAAGAGGAACACCAAAGGGAACACCAAGACGUCAAACUCAUGAAUGGCAUGCAGCAGAACAGACUUAAACAUGAAUCUUUAGGUUUUAUUCGAAAAUGUUACAAGAUUUUAGUCAGCUAUGUUGACUUGAAAAAAAUUAAUGACAUUCCCAAUAAGGGAAAUAUACCACUUGAAUGUAUUUUUAUCAUGCAGUGUGUAUCCAACUUUUAGAUAAUUAUUAGGAAAAUGUAAAGAUAUUUGUAUUUUGUUUUGAGCAUAAAAUCAAAUUUUGUAAAUUGUGGUAUCAUCUAAUGUUGAAAACAGUGAAGAGUUGUACAUGUUUAGUUGUUUUGCAGCUAGAAAAGGUUAGACCAUUAAGUGAAAAUUUAAAAUGGAACAUUAUAAAGUCAGAUGAUAGAUAAAUUAUCAACAUAAAAAAACCAUAUUGAAUCAAUUAAAAAAAAUAUAUAAUAUAAAACAAACAAAAAUCUGUAUUCAGCAACUUUUAAAAGAAAAAGUAACUUUUCACAAUGUUCUAGUAGAGAGACUGCACUAUUUAAUAAAUAGUUGAAAUAUAAAAAUUGCACAUCCACUUUAUUUGAACUUUGGAAGAUAAUUGUCUUGUUGACAACCAUACAACAAAUUGUUAUAUUUAUUAUGGAAAUUUAUUCAAAUCAAGGUUAAAAAGAAGGAUGCAAUCAUAAAAAUGAAUAUGGAUUUGUUAUUUUGGGGAUAUUUUGUUUGUUUAUUUUUUACUAAAAACAAGCUGAUGUGAGGUUAAAAAAAACCUCUUUGAAUUGACUUAAUUUUUCCAACAAUAUUUGUUUGAAUUGCUUCUAGUCUGUAAGGUGUUUUUU